UUGCCCCAAAAAGCGAGAAAAGCCGACAAAACCCGUUCUCUCAGGAGGGGACACCUUGUUUGUUGCCGUGGCCCUUAUCCAGUGUUAGCAGCGGAGUUUUCCAGGGUGGUAAAGAAGACGGAUCGGAUUUUCAGUACCAACUAGAAAGUCCAGUUCGACCGACCGAGAUGUCACAGGAGCAUGACAACAGUAAACGUGCGGUCCUGGUUCUCCAGAACGAGCCGGGUUAUGGCGGCCAGCGACGCUCUUUCACCACAGAGGAUGAAGCCUGGAAAUCUUUUCUGGAGAACCCGCUGACAGCUGCCACCAAGGCGAUGAUGAGCAUAAAUGGAGACGAGGAUAGUGCCGCAGCUCUGGGCCUGCUCUACGACUACUAUAAGGUGCCCAGGGAAAAGAGAACAAUACACCAGCCCAAGACAGACACACUGGUCUCUGAUGUGGAUCCCAACAAAAGGCACCAGAUCCAGGCCGGACACUCCAUAGUCCAACUCCAGGAAGCCAGUAUGGAAAACAGGAUCCCAGUACUCAAGCCUGCCUUCAAUAUUCUUCAGCUGGGCCCGGACAAGAGAGCCCACUUUUCUUCACCAGACACUACUGUCACAGUUUCCAUUGCCACCGUGCCAAACCAGACUAUCAAGACAGAGGUGCCCACCCACGGCUUCUCGGUGACUGUGCCAAACAACUGCAGCGAAACGGAGAGCCACGUGGGCGUCUUUGACCGCCAGCUCACCCACAACGCGGUCCAUUUCAGCCCUGGCACCCAGGCUCGUACGCCCCCUGACUCCACCUUUCCCGAGAGCUUUAAGGAUGGUUCCCAGGAAGUGUUUUCCCUCCCAGGAGAUCUCCAGUUUCGAAUGACCUCCAUGACGCCCGAGCACUACACUCAGUUUGACACCGUGCCGGGGAAUAACUUUGAGUACACUCUCGAGGCAUCCAAAUCUCUGCGUCAGAAGACAGGUGACGGGACAAUGACGUACCUCAACAAGGGCCAGUUUUACCCCAUCACCCUCAGGGAGAUUGACAACAAAGGCCUGCAGCAACCCAUCACCAAAGUCAGGAGCGUGGUGAUGGUGGUGUUUGGAGAGGAGAAGUGCAGAGACGACCAGCUAAAACACUGGAAGUACUGGCACUCCAGACAGCACACGGCUAAACAGAGGUGCCUUGACAUCGCUGACUACAAGGAGAGCUUCAACACCAUCGGUAACAUUGAGGAGAUUUCAUAUAACGCCAUUUCCUUCACCUGGGACACAAACGAGGAGGCCAAAAUCUUCAUCUCCGUCAACUGUCUGAGCACAGACUUCUCCUCUCAGAAAGGGGUGAAGGGUCUUCCCCUGAAUCUGCAGAUCGACACUUACAGCUACAACAACCGCAGCAACAAGCCCAUCCACCGUGCCUACUGCCAGAUCAAAGUCUUCUGUGACAAAGGCGCCGAGAGGAAGAUCCGAGAUGAGGAGAGGAAACAGUCCCGCAGGAAAGGGAAAGUUGUCGAACUCAACACUGGGCUGGCUUUUGGAGACGUGAAAGUACCGAUGCUCCAGAAACGUAACGAUGUGACCAUCUUUAAGAUGAUGACUGAUCUCGAGACCCAGCCUGUCCUCUUCAUUCCCGACAUUCACUUCUCCACCUUCCAGCGUCAUCCCUUCUCCGCAGAAGAUGGAGAAGACAGCUCGGGCAUGAAGAGAUUACCCUUCAGCGACGACGAGUUCGGUUCACCCCCAAAUAAGCUGCCAAGAGUGGAGGAACCAAAGAAAGUCCUGCUGUACGUGCGCAAGGAAACAGACGAGGUGUUCGAUGCCCUCAUGCUGAAGAAUCCCACGCUGAAAGGCCUGGUGGAAGCUAUUUCAGAGAAGUAUGAACUGCCUUAUGAUAAGGUUGGAAAGGUCUACAAGAAGUGCAAGAAAGGCAUUCUAGUCAACAUGGACGACAACAUCAUCAAACACUACUCCAACGAAGACACCUUCCAGAUCUCCAUGGAGGAGUUGGGCGGCUUGUACAAACUCACCCUCACUGAAAUCUGAUCGGAGAUGUCGUAGAUUACCCUGAAAAGAGGGGCAGAGGACAAAUGGAGCCGUCAAGUUUACACUUCUGGCUAUGCAGUGAUUAUGGACCUGUCAUUCAUGUUGUCUGUGUGUUGUAUUAGCGUCCAACAGAUGUUUUUUUUUGUCUGUUUGUUUCCUUUUUUUAAAAAGCCAUAGUUCUUAACGGAUACUGGUUAGAGAUGUAAGUUAUACAUUUUCAUCAUUAUAAAGCUGUUUGUUUGUGCAUAAGAAUUAACAAGUGAGGACAUGUUUGACACUGACAUGACACUUUUGCAUUUAGUGAGAAUAUGAGCUGCGCCUCAAAUGUCAGUGCCUGCUGUUGUAUAUUUUCUUCAGGCUUGCAGAGCAGUUGAAGUGCUGCUAUACCUCAUGCUAUACAAAGCAGCAGAGUUCAUUCAUUCAUCAGAAGAAAGAGAUUAUCUUUCCCAUCCUAAAGCUACAGCGCUGAUGAUCUGCAAAGUUUAGCACACAGAAAUUUAUAGUAAAAUGCCCUUAAAUUGUUGAUGAAGCUCCAGAGGUUCAGUGUAUUAAUACUUAACAAAACGUGGCAGUAUUUAGUGUGUAAAACCAUCAUAUUUUUUUAGGUGCCAUUAAAAAAUGCUUUUCCUCAGAUCAAUUUAAAUAAUGGUCUCCUUGCAAGUAUUAAAUGGUCACUAAAUAUGUUGAUAAUAUUGCGAAAACAGAACUACCCUUUUCCUAUAGAGUAGAUUCAGAAAUGCUAUAAAAAUAGGUCAAUUAAUAUCUAGCACAGUCUGUAAUGGCUGUCCUGGAAGUGCAAUAUGAUGAUUAGAUUGAGUCACAUUCAGAAAACAAAUCUCAUCAAUUGCCAUAACAUAUAGUAUAGAAAUCAUGUUUUUUUUUUAUUGUACAUAGCAAAAAGAAAAAAGGGAUCUAAAUUAUCUCUCUUUUGUAUCUCAGUACUUAUUGUGUAUAUAUUUAUUAAGAGAAUGGAUGUGGGUCAUUGUUUUUUAACCAUAUAUAGAUUUCUAUUUCAUCAUAAUAUAAUGUUUUUGUUUUCUUUUUAUAUGAAGUUAUUCAAAAAUUACAUGUCCAGGGACACAAAGUUAACAUGUUUUUGUUGUUUUUGUUGUUUGUUAAGGAUUUAAUCCACAAAGUUCCCUAAUAAAAGCUCUGCUAUAGCUGCUGU